CUCAGAGAGCCCUUGCGCUUCUGAGGCAGCGGCAGACACAAAAAAGGAAACAACGCAGUUUUGAGCUCAGUAACGUUAGUUGCCAAAUUAUUGUAAUACAGGGUGGACGCCUUUAAUCGUCGAGGAUGUUUUCUCUCGGGGAGAAAAUGGAGUUCCUCAUAGGAAACCCCUUUUCAACGCCUGUCGGUCAGAGAAUCGAACAAGCGACCAGCGGCUCUGUGCAGUCGGAGGACUGGGGGCUCACUAUGGAGAUAUGUGACAUCAUCAACGAGACGGAUGAGGGACCCAGAGAUGCAGUCAAAGCUAUUAAGAAGAGAAUUGUAGGAAACAAGAACUUCAGAGAGAUCAUGUUGGCUCUUACUGUCCUUGAGGCCUGUGUAAAGAACUGUGGCCAUCGCUUCCACGUUCUGGUGACGUCGCAGGAGUUUGUUGAAGGAGUUUUGGUCCGUUCCAUUCUGCCUAAAUAUAACCCUCCCACUGUCCUCCAUGACAGAGUGCUCAGCCUCAUACAGUCGUGGGCGGAUGCGUUUCGUAACUCUCCCUCCCUGGCGGGGGUGGUAUACGUAUAUGACGACUUGAGGAGACGUGGUUUGGAGUUCCCCAUGACAGACUUGGAUGCUCUGUCCCCCAUACACACUCCGAAUAGGAGCAUCCCGGAAAACGGGACUCCUGAGACGACCCCUGUUGCUGCUCCCCCACUUCGGUCACAACCACAGGCAUCUUCUAGUGUUCCCACUCAGAACACUACUCCUCCAGUCCAGCCCAGCGAGGGACCAGUCUCCCUCUCUGCAGAACAGGAACAGAAGCUGCGGAGUGAGCUGGCGCUGGUGAAGGGAAAUCUCACUGUGAUGUCAGAAAUGCUGAAUGAGCUCACACCUGGACUGAGCCAGCAAGAUGACACAGAGCUGCUACAGCAGCUGUACUCAGUGUGUAAGAGCAUGCAGACUCGAGUGAUGGAGCUCAUCCCGCAGCUGCUGGACGAAGGGUUUAUUGAAGAGCUGCUCGUGGUCAACGAUGACCUCAACAACGCCUUUAUCCGUUAUGAGAGGUUUGACAGACUGAACAAGUCACAAAUUACAACUACUCAACAGCAGAGCUCUACCACAAGCCCAAGCCUCAUUGACCUCAGCCCUGAGCCUUCCCAGCCAGCUCACAGCCAACCUGCGCUUAUCACAGCAACCAGCCAACCAGCAGUCAGCACCUGGGCCGAUCAACGGCAAUCACCCAACCACAAAGAGGAGGAGGAGUUUGACAUGUUUGCCCAGACGAGAGGCAGCUCCCUGGCUGAGCAGAGGAAAAGUGUCAGGUAUGAGGACCCACGAGCUGUCGAGGGCCUUGCUGGAGCUCUGGAUACGAGGUUGCAGGUCACAGGAGGGAUGCCAUCAGCAAAAAACUCCCUGCAUAAUGAAACUGACAAAUGGUUAUCUUGUGAGGAAGACCACUCUUCAGUUAGUGAGGGAGUAACCAGUGAAGAGUUUGAUAAGUUCCUGGAAGAUCGGGCGAAGGCAGCAGACCACAGCCCCCAGGCUAUUUGCAGCGUGUCACCCUCCACAUCUAGACCGCCGCCACAGUCCACCCGGCAACAGGACAGAUCACAUGACCAGCUUUUUUCACUCUGAUUUUGAUGACAAACAAGAGAAAUGGGUGGAUAUAAAGGUCAAUAUAUACAUGCAAUCAAUGCCAAGUCAGGUUUUCUCUGAAAGCACACAAUAAAACCUGACACUACAGGACUAUGGGAUUAGAACAGUCUCACAAGUAUUAACAAACAAAUGUUAAGUUGCGUAACUCAUAAAACACAAUGCACAAAUAAAUGUAGAGUGAUUUGUAUGUGUAAAUCUGGAUUUGUAUCCCUGCCUUUAAUUUACAACACGUAUGUCAUCAUUUGGACGUAAACUCAUGUAAGGUAAGGUAAGGUCCUUUAUUUGUCACAUACAUGUAGCGAAAUUAAUCCUCUGCAUUUAACCCAUCCCUGAAGCGAGCAGCCACUGUACAGUGCCCGGGGACCAACUCCAGAUUGAAAUGCCAUGCCAGGUCAAACGGCACUGACUGGAGAACCUACCUAACAUGUGUUUGAUGGUGGGGGAAACCGGAGCACCCGGAGAAAACCCACACACACACACAGGGAGAACAUGAAAACUCAUCACGCCACCGUGCAGCCGUGUGGAUCCUUUUGAGACCGUUCUUCUACGCCUUUUGUGUCACAGAAAAAAUUUACAAGUGCGGGGAAGACCAAGCCUUUCUUGUAGAUGGCGGUAGUGCAACAUUUAUGGAUCGCAACCAUACAGUCUGAGGCCAACCGCUUUCAAACUGAACAGAAGAUGAAGAACACCAAACCUAGUGCUGUCACUGGUUGCCUGUUUGUGAAGUGAAGGGGCAGCAGCAGCAUGGCUAGCUAACUAGCUGCUACAAUGCUGCUGUAUUCACAGUCAUAACAACUGUGGGCCUUCUGUAUCUCUGUAAAUAACAAUGUUGUUUUUUUAGUUAGGGCCUCUUUUUUCAUUUACCCACAGUUUCUGCCGCACAGCUGUUAUGUUUCUCUUGAUAAUUUAUUUCUUAUAUCCCAAUGAGUAGCUUUCUCUCACAUCUAGAUCUCUCUUUAGUGCUAUUUAGCUGCCAUGUCAGCUUUCUGUUUAGUUUAACCAGAGACUGUUCACAGUGGUUGGCAUCAUAGACUGUAUGGUUGGCAUCCACAAAUACUUCCAUCUUCUAGAAGGGCUUGGUCUUCCCUGCACUUGGGAAUUUUUUGUGACACAAACAGCAUGGAAGAACCAUCUCAAAAGGAUCCAUACAGAUACGUAAAGAUUCACAAAUAUAUUUCCAUCCAAAAUGCCAAGUUGAGGAUACAAUCAUGCCACAUUUAUUUGUGCCUUGUGUUUUACGAGUUACGUCUCUUGACAUUUGUUUGUGAAUACCUGUUACAGAACUGCUUCCUAAUGAACUCAUUGCAUAAAUGUAGUUUUGAGCAGUUCAUUCUGCUGUUUAUCGUUGUGUACGUAUAAACAGGUUUAUGUGACUUUAUUUAUGAAUGAUUAUGUGUUAUUAUAAUGUUGAUGUAAACAAAAACUUCAAUUAGAACUAAUGUUUACAGUUAAGUAUAAUGAUGAAAAUAUAUUUGAUAUUUUGCCACUGUGUGCCUUUGACCCAGACUGCUGAUUUUGUGUAGAUGAGAAUAAAUGGGGCGUUGUCCUGCAAA